GGAUAGCAAUUAGCAUACAACUCCAACGAUGGUGAUUAUGUCUGCCUUGUUCAGCUUCAUAUUCCCACCACCAUCUUCUCUGGUGGUUUCGGGGAUGUCAGUGAUAAGCCUUGUGUCACUGGCUAAUGCUGGCUUCUCAGAGAUUAGAGGGAAGCAUUUGAACUAUUCAAAGUUUUGGAAUGCUAAUCCCUCUGCAGAAAAGCAGGUCAAGUUGUCUAGCAAAGCUGGCAUGCUUUUGCUGUACACUCCUGCUUUUCUUGCUGGCCUUGCAUCCUUCUGGAUCUUUCCUCAUCAAGGCCUCAGAUCCACCCUCCUUCAGUCUGCAGUUACCCUGCAUUUCUUCAAGAGGGUCUUUGAGGUUGUGUUUAUUCACAAAUAUAGUGGUGCCAUGCUUCUUGAUUCUGCAAUCCCCAUCACUCUGAGUUAUUUCCUAUCAACUGCAACUAUGAUCUAUGCUCAACACUUAACACAAGGGCUUCCAGAACCACCAAUCGAUCUGUUGUAUCCUGGCAUUGUUUUGUUUGUGGUGGGCAUCAUUGGCAACUUCUACCACCACUACCUUCUAUCCAACUUAAGGGGAAAGGGUGAAAAGGAGUACAAGAUUCCAAAGGGUGGCAUGUUUGAGCUUGUCAUAUGUCCCCACUACCUGUUUGAGAUUAUUGAGUUUUAUGGGUUCUCCUUCAUUUCGCAGACGCUAUAUGCAUUCUCUUUCACCGUAGGCACUACUUUAUACUUGCUAGGUAGGAGUUAUUCAACUAGGAAAUGGUAUCUUUCUAAGUUUGAAGAUUUCCCUGAGCAUGUUAAGGCUAUCAUCCCAUUUGUCUUCUAGAAAUGUUGGAAGGAAUAACUAAUUUUACUUUCAUUUCUCAGACGCUAUAUGCAUUAUCUUUCACUGUAGGCGCUACUUUGUACUUGCUAUGUAGGAGUGAUUCGACUAGGAAAUGGUAUCUUUCUAGGUUUGAAGAUUUCCCUAAGGAUGUAAAGGCUAUCAUCCCAUUUGUCUUCUAAAUGUUAGAAUGGAACAACUAAUUCUUCUUGAGUUAUACAUGUGCUAGAUUGUGUUUUUUGGAA